GAAAUCCAAUUAUAGGGAAGACUUAAAAUAGAAAGUAAAGCAAAAGAAAGAUUUGAGGGCGCGGAAUUGCUCAGCUGAAACAAAUUACUGAAAUCACGAAGAGAUUCCUACAAAGAAGGCUCAAAAAUCUCAGCACCACCUACAUCAUCCCAUUUUAUUACCCCAUUAUCUGAAUUAAUCGUCAUUUUCCCCUUAUCCAUACCUUAGUUAUAGGAAACGUUUAUUUCCUUAAAUGAACCAAAAAGCACAGCUUGCAGAAAUAAUCUGGAUAAGGGCAAAUCUUUUGACCCCACACUUCUCCCUUUUGCUUAACCUUUUGGAUUAUUUUUUUAAGCUCCUCUCUCAGAAAUUUCAACAAACACGAAACCACAAACACCUAUUUCUACUGAACAAAGAACCCUAAUUUCUUCCCCUUGUUUCCUAGUACCUUUUUCUUGAUUAUUGAUUCUUGAUUUUGGUGGGCUUUCUUGUUUUGCUGAUUAGGACAAAGGGGUUCUUAUAUAUUCGUUUGUUGGUUUUGUUUGGUUUUUGAUGCGAUUAGGUUGAAAAAAGUUGAAAUCUUGGAGAUAUGUCUUGUUGUUUGAAGGCUGGAUUCUCUUUUUAUGGGUCCAAUGACCUUGCUUCCAAGAACAGAGCAAAAGGGUCAUUUAGGGUUUGCUCUUCAAUUCAGACUCUUCAAUAUAAGGAGUCAUCAAAUCCCAGAGAAUGCUUAGGCAAAACUCUUCAUUUGUCAGAUCAGAAACAUGUUACCAAUUUUGUCACUAAAUCCCCUAAAUCAGACCCUCCCAAUGCACAGACAUCAUUGAGAUGGUGGGAAAAAUCCCUUCAUCAAAACAUGAUAGAGAUUCAAUCAGCACAAGAACUUGUGGAUUCAUUGUUGAAUGCUGGUGAGAGAUUGGUUGUACUAGAUUUCUACUCCCCUAACUGUGGAGGUUGCAGAACUUUGCAUCCAAAGAUAUGCCAACUUGCUGAAAUGAACCCUAAUUCCCUUUUCCUCCAAAUUAACUAUGAAAAUCACAAGGAGAUGUGUGAUUCCCUCAAUAUCAAAGUGUUGCCCUUCUUUAGAUUCUACAGAGGUGCAGAGGGUAGAGCUUGCAGCUUCAGCUGCACCAAUGCAACAGUAAGAGACCUGUGCUUUAUUUAUUUAUUUUUUUCCUGCAUAAAUCCGUCUGAUUCUGCUGCUGUUUCAUGUUGUGCAACAAUACAAUGUCUCAGAUCAAGAAAUUUAAAGAUGCAUUGGCCAAACAUGGCACUAGCUCGCGCCGUCUCGGGUCAGCAAAGGGGUUGGAUGAAUCGGAGCUGUCUGCAUUGGCCUCACGUGGUCUGAUUUCAAGAAAUUUGGUGACAAAUUCAUCCAAGGAUUAUGAAGCUGAUGUCUUUAGCAUAAGAUGACAGUUUGGUAGGUGUGAAUGGUGUUGGCUUAGAGUAAGACCAUUAGUUCUGGAAUUGCUAAUUUCAUAUUCUUUAUCUCCUUUUUAUUUUCUUUUUUUCGUUUCUCAGAUGUAAAUAAUUAUUCAUCAAUGGGGUUCUCCUCUCUUCCAUCCUUCA